CACCACCAACGAAAAGAAAAAAAAAAAAAGGGAGCCUCCCAAUAGCAUUUCCACCAUCAGAGUUAUGGCAGAAGAAUGCACUGAUAGCUCUGUUGCAACCUCUUCUUCUGCACCCAACUGGUGGGAUCUCCAUGGAAGCUCUACUCUUUCUUCAUGUUAUAAUAGCACAAACCCUUGGAGCCAACCAAACCCUAACUCCAACUCUUCUUGUGAAGAGGAGGUUUCAAUCUCCACAUCCUUUACCAAUGCUUCCAAUCACUCUGGCCUUACUGUUGAGUCGUCCCGCCGCCUCAUUGAGCCUGCUUCUUCCACCAACGAGUUAAUUGGUGAACCUGCAGCCUCGGAUAGUCAUCUUUGGAGCCAUGUUCUAUUAAAUGUUGGAAGCAAUGGAGAUUUGCAUGGUAGUCAAGAUGUUGGAGAGAACUUACUUGAUGCACUCUCAUCAAAGAGUUUAUCAACUGGAAUUUUUGAACCUGCCUGUGACUACUUGAAGAAAAUGGAUAACAGUUGGGAAUUCACCAACUCCACAUCUUUCAGUAAUUUCGAUAAGCAUUUUAAUGGGUUCAGCGAGAACUUCAUUGGAAGUGAAAGGCUAACCAAGUUAUCUGAUUUGGUUAGCAACUGGUCUAUUGCCCCUCCAGACCCAGAAGUUAACCAUCAGUUCGACCCACAAAUUUGCAAUAUGUCUUUGAGUUCACCAAUGGACAUUCAGUACUCACAGCCUGAUCUCUGUCACAUGAAACUGACAUUCAAUGAAUCAGCAUCAUGUGGCAUGGGAGCAAGCAGAAAUUCCGGGUUGUUAUCAUGUUACCGUCAUGAUCAAAAAGUGGAGAACGAUCAUCAUGAGAUUGGAUCAUCCCCUGGGCCAUUACUCCGCAGGCCAUGUCAAAGUAAUGGCAUUGGAUAUCAAUUUGGCCUUAACGGCUCGAUAGUAGGAGACAACGGCAAAUACUAUUAUGGAAUCCCCAAUACAACAUGCAGUAACCCAAGAAAUUUUGCAGAUGUCAUAUCAUUUAGCAGUAGAUUAUGCAAGCCUUUGGUGGAUAGUCGCGAGUCUAAACCCUGUUUAAAACCGUUGAGUUUAUCUGAUUGUAAGAAGCAAGGACUCCAAACUUCUUCCCAAGCAAGAAAUAAUGCAAGAGGACAGGGGAUUAGCAAUGAAGGAAAGAAGAAAAGGUCUGAUCAAGACACUUCAGAGGCUCAGACAGUCAUGAAAAAACCUAAGCAGGAGAGCUCUGCGGUUUCUUCUGUAAAGAUGCAGGCCCCGAAAGUCAAGAUUGGAGAUAGGAUCACAGCUCUUCAGCAAAUUGUGUCGCCUUUUGGAAAGACCGAUACCGCAUCUGUGCUAUAUGAAGCAAUUGGAUACAUAAAAUUUCUGCAAGAGCAAGUGCAGUUACUGAGUAAUCCUUACAUGAAGACUAAUAAGGAUCCGUGGGGAGGCUUGGAUAGAAAAGAUAAAGGAGAUCUAAAGCUUGAUCUCAAGAGCAGAGGUCUUUGUUUGGUUCCUAUUUCAUGUACUCCUCAAGUUUAUCACGAGAACACAGGAUCAGACUACUGGCCAACUACAUAUAGAGGGUGUUUGUAUAGAUGAAAGGAGUCCAUACUUUCUUUAUAUGAUCUUGCUAUCAAUGUACCUCUUGUUGGAUGAUGUGAUCAAAGUGAUAGCAUGCCCGGUAGCAGAGAAAUAACCUAUAUUGGAGUACAAUACUAUAAUAUCUAUAAAUCAAUAAUUGCCUUUCAUUCCUUGUUACA